UACCUUGAUCUUCAACUUCAAGGCUUUCAAGUGUGUACACUUUCACAUGUGGUUUACCACGAGGAUAUUAGUUUCGUAUCCACGAUUUUUAAUAUAGCCACGAUAUAUUCCACAACUCAAGAAAAUGUCCGUGCCCGAAAAAAUAUUGAUGCGAAAAAUUAAAAACCGGGAAAAGACGAAAUUAAACGUACUGAAACGCCGAGAAGAACAGAAAGAUACACAUGAAUCAGUAAAAGCAACUGAAAUAGAUCAGGACCGCACAGAAGAUAUUCCUCUAGAAAAAAAAAGAAAAUUAAAAGCCUCUGAAGAAAAUGAAAAGUCUGAUGUAAUAGAGAAAUCUUUGGUUACUGAAAAUUUACCUGGCACAACUGUAGGUUUUGAAGUGAAUGGUACUGGAUGUAUUAUUAUGUCUCCCACAAGAGAAUUAGCUAUGCAAACUUUUGGAGUCUUGAAAGAAUUGAUGAAAUAUCAUUAUCACACAUAUGGUCUACUAAUGGGCGGUGCUAGUAGACAAACCGAAGCACAAAAACUUGAAAAGGGAAUCAAUAUUAUUGUGGCAACACCGGGACGAUUAUUAGAUCAUUUGCAAAACACACCUGAUUUCUUAUACAAAAAUCUCCAGUGUUUGAUUAUCGAUGAGGCCGAUCGUAUUUUAGACAUCGGUUACGAAGAAGAGUUAAAGCAAAUUAUUAACAUUCUUCCCAAACGCCGACAGACUAUGCUUUUUAGUGCGACACAAACACAAAAAAUAGCAAUGAUAACAACGUUAGCUCUCAAAAAAGAACCUAUAUACGUCGGAGUUGACGACGACAAGGAAAUGGCAACUGUAGAGGGUUUACAACAAGGAUACGUAACAUGUCCAAGCGAGAAAAGAUUUUUACUUCUGUUCACUUUCUUAAAGAAGAACAGACAAAAGAAAAUAAUGGUUUUUUUUAGUUCCUGCAUGUCCGUUAAAUAUCAUCAUGAACUCUUGAAUUAUAUUGAUUUGCCAGUAAUGAGUAUUCAUGGUAAACAAAAACAAACGAAAAGAACCACAACCUUUUAUCUAUUUUGCAAUGCUUCCACUGGGACUUUACUUUGCACUGAUGUGGCCGCAAGAGGUCUAGAUAUACCAGAUGUUGAUUGGAUCGUGCAGUUUGAUCCACCAGACGAUCCUAAGGAAUAUAUACAUCGCGUAGGUCGAACUGCUCGCGGAGAAGGCAGCAGUGGUCACGCUUUGCUGAUAUUGCGACCAGAGGAACUUGGCUUUCUUCGAUAUCUUAAGAUAGCCCGUGUACCCGUGAACGAAUAUGAAUUCUCUUGGAAUAAAAUUGCCGAUAUACAAUUGCAACUUGAAAAGUUGAUUUCGAAGAAUUAUUUCUUACAUCAGUCAGCAAAAGAGGCAUUUAAGAAUUAUGUCAGAGCAUAUGAUUCUCAUCAUUUGAAACACGUUUUCGAUAUAGAGACCUUGGAUUUGGCAAAAGUCGCCAAAUCGUUCGGAUUUGUUGUACCGCCAGCGGUAGAUUUGAAAGUAGGAAUCAGUAAAGCUUCACGACCACGAAAAAGACUCGGUGGAGGUGGUUAUGGACACUUUAAAAACAUAAACGAUCCAAGUUCAGCAAAGCAGGUGAAGCGCACCAAGACCUUCCGCCAAGUAGGCAAACGUAGGCAAGAUAACCGGCAAUUCAGCAGAUAAUGGAUCAUUCAUGUACUCUUUACACGCAUAAAUGAUGAAUAGCGUUUAGUUAUAACGCAUAAUUAA